GCGCGAUUAGCGCUAUCCCCUGGGUUAAAAUAAAGGUUAAUUUUAACACACCUAGCGAGGUGGAUUAACUCGCUAAUCGAGGGUAAACUUUCCCCAAACAAAACAAAAUGGCCGACUUGUUGGUUGGCGGAUUAGGCUUAAUGCCGGCCCCAAGAAGGAAAGAAAGGACAUUUAGGCUUCCAGACGACUUUUCCCCGGACGAUUUCACUGAUGAAGAAUUGUGAAGUCGAUAUCGUUUUGGUCGAGAGUCCAUAGAAUUUUUGUCUGAGCUCCUUCGCGACGAUCUCGAAAGAGAUACAUCUCGAAACCAUGCCUUGUCGACAACUGUGCAAGUCCUUGUAGCGUUGCGCUUUUUCGCCUCCGGAAGCUUUCUUCAAGUUAUUGGAGAUACUCUGGGAUUGUCAAAAUCAACCGUGUCCCGAAUUAUCAGCCAAGUUUCCCUUGCCCUCGCACAGAAACAAGGAAACUUCAUCAAGUGGCCAUCGACCGAAGCAGAGAUAUUUCAAAACAAACGCGGUUUUUUCACCAAGGGGGGGUUUCCUGGGGUGAUUGGUUGUGUUGACGGCACUCACAUCAAGAUUCAGGCACCACAUCAAAACGAAAACGAUUUUGUCAAUCGUAAAGGGUUUCAUUCCAUAAAUGUGCAAGCAAUUUGCAAUCACAAAGGUUAGUAACAUACUAAAAUAUCAUCACAGUUAGUGUUCCAUAAAAAUUGUAAAAUAACCUUUGACAGGGAGGGGAACUCCCUUGAGAGUUUUUUUAGAUUGAGAUUUCUAGCAAACCAGCUGCUAUGGGGUUGCAUUGAUGGGAGUUACUAGAUUGUAGUUUCAUAUAUUCAGGAUAUGGGAGUAGUGAUAAAAAUGUUUUUUGAUUAGGAAUUAAG